AUGCAAGAAUUUGAUCUCAUUGGCAAUCGCUACCCCAUCGGGCAGCAUGCCGCCCGCCUGCCGGGUGAGAAAACAAACGUAAGGAAGUCCCGGAGGGAGGCGGCGGUCGAGCAGGCACGUGGAGACACUGUCGAAGCCAAACGGUGCGCAGAGGAAGCGGGAGGCGCACUCGUGGCCUCUGCAGAGCCGGUAGAGACGUGGCCAUCAUGGGCCGAGGAGUCUUGGGCGUUGUCUUAA